UUUACAUCCUUGCAGACAUGAGUUUAGCUUGUAUGGUGAGAAACGUCGAAAUUCGACAAACGUCGAAUUUUUGAUAACGCUUGAGACAAUGGGACACUUGAGAAUCUUGUUUAUUUGUAUCGGUAACACCUGCCGUUCGCCAAUGGCCGAAGGAAUUCUAAAACAUUUGGUUUUGAAAAAUAAUUUAGAUUGGUUUGUUGAUAGUGCAGCAUUAAGAUCAUGGAAUGUUGGUCGAAAACCAGAGGGCCGCUGCUUAAAAGUACUUGAAGAUCAUGGUAUAAAAUUGAAGCAUUACGGACGAAUGAUAACAAAAGAAGAUUUUGAAAAGUUUGAUUACAUUCUUGGCAUGGAUGAAACUAAUCUAAAUGAACUGCAACUAAUGGCUGAUAUGGCUGGUAAAAACUGUCGAGCUAAAGUCGGUUUACUGGGGACUUAUUUGGAUAAUUAUGAAAUGGAAAUUAUUAAGGAUCCUUACUUUAGCAAGGGAAUGUCGGCGUUCUGUGAUACCUUCGAUCAAAUCUAUGCAAGUUGUUUAAAGUUGAUUGAAAAACACCGAUAUGAUAAUGUCGAACAUGCGGAUGAUGAUCCUAAUGUUGGUGGUGAAAUCAAAAAAGAACAAGAAGAGGGUGCUAAAGCAUUGGAGUGUGUGUGAAAGGAGGAAUGCUAUUAAACAUUUUAGAUUAGUAAACACAAUGAAUUCAAAAUCUUUCUUAUAGAACUUUUGUUAAAAUUACAAUCAUUGAAGGAAGCCCAUGUCAAUUACACAUUUUUGGCCCUUGUGUUUAUAGAAAAAAAAAUAGAUUAAUCUAAAUCUAGGAAAGAAUAAUAACAGUAUUUUUCUGCAUUGAAUUUAAUAGGAAACUACUACUAAAAACAAAACUUGAA